AUGUUCGAUGAAGCGCUCAAGCAAGCCCGGGAGCUCGACCGAUCUUUCAAAGAAACCGGCAAGGUCAAGGGUCCCCUCCAUGGCAUCCCCGUUUCCUUGAAAGAUCAGUUCAACGUCAGGGGCUUCGACACCACUCUGGGGUAUGUCGGCCGCUCCUUUUCGCCCGCAGCGGAAGAUGCAACUCUGGUCCAGAUUUUGAAGAGCCUCGGGGCUAUCAUGAUCGCAAAGACGAACUUGCCUCAGAGUAUUAUGUGGUGCGAAACCGAAAACCCGCUUUUCGGCUUGACGGUGAACCCGCGAAACUCCAAGUUCACCCCAGGCGGCUCGUCGGGCGGAGAGAGCGCCCUGCUUGCUCUCCACGCAUCGAUUUUGGGAUUCGGGACGGAUAUCGGCGGCAGCAUCCGCAUCCCUCAGCACAUGCUCGGCCUGUAUGGGCUAAAACCGAGUAGCGCGCGUCUGCCAUACCACGGCAUCCCCGUCUCGACAGAGGGCCAAGAACACGUCCCCUCCUCCGUCGGGCCCAUGACCCGCGACCUCUCCUCGCUGAUCUACAUAAGCAAGCACCUCGCCAACUCGCAACCCUGGCACCUGGACCCACGCUGCUCGCCCCUCCCCUGGCGCGACGAAGUCUUCCAGGAAAUCCAAUCCCGCCCGCUCGCCAUCGGCCUCAUCGUCGACGACGGCGUUGUCAAGGUCCACCCGCCCAUCGAGCGUGCCUUGCGCGAACUCUCCGCAAAACUGCAAGCGGCCGGGCACGAAAUCGUUCCCUGGAACGCAGACGGGCACCAGGAAUGCAUCGAGAUCAUGGAUGCAUUUUACACCGCAGACGGCGGCGAGGAUAUCCGCCGCGAUGUCCGCGCUGCGGGGGAGCCGUUCAUACCGCACGUCGAGAAACUGGUGAAUAAGGGGAGCCCGAUCUCCGUCUACGAGUACUGGCAGCUGAACCGGCGCAAGUGGGCUGCGCAGAAGCGGUAUCUGGACAAAUGGAAUGGGGCCCGCGCGCCGCUAUCCGGUCGGGCCGUGGAUGUCCUGCUUGCACCGACGAUGCCGCAUGUUUCUGUCCCGCAUCGGUGCUGCCGAUGGGUUGGAUAUACCAAGGUGUGGAAUUUCUUGGACUAUUCGGCGCUGACGUUUCCUGCCGGUGAGGUUUGCGCCAAGAGGGAUGGGCUUCCCAAGACACCGUAUCAACCGCGGAAUGCGCUCGAUGAAUGGAACUGGGGGCUCUAUGACCUGGAAGCGAUGGCCGGGCAUCCGGUUAAUUUGCAGAUCGUGGCGAGGAAGCUGGAGGAAGAGAAGGUCCUGGGCGCUGCGGUGGUCAUCGAGAAAGUCAUGCGCGGGUUAUAG